AUGGGUGGAUCUGAAGUUUCAAGAUCAAAGGAGAAGAGCGGUGUAGGGCUCGUCAAAUUUUUCGAAAACAAUGUUAAAUUUCCUGAAUUUUCGGUCUGGAUUAAUCAAACAAUUCAAGAGCCUCUUAAGGCUAAGUUCAAUAGAUUAAGGAAUGUCACAGAGCAAACCUCGAUUAAGUCAGUGUCAGAGAUAGAGACCACUCAUGAUGACUACAUAGAUGAUGAGAAGUUAGAGAAGCAAAUACAAGCUUGGAGAAAUAACCCUUCAUGGACUGAUCAACUUCCUAAGGUUCAGGUGAAAACACGAAACGGAUCGUAUUGCCAUUUGAACGUAGAGUUUAACGUAGGAUUGCCUCCUGAAUCAGUCUACAACAUUUUCACUCAUCCAGACAACAAAAGAUACUUCAAGAACAUCAAGGAGUGCAUAUCGAGAAAAGUAUUGAAGGAGGAAGGACCAGUCCAGACUCUGGAGGUGAAGCAAGCAGCGGCUUGGAAGUUCCUUUGGUGGGCUGGAACUUUCCCUAUACAUCUAAUCGUCCAAGAAAACCGAAAGCAUCUCAGGUCAAAUUAUAAGCAAGAGCAAACAAUGUUCAUGGAAGUGUUCGAGGGUUGUUGGACAGUGGAACCAUUGUUUAUAGAUGAACAUUUGUGUGAGACCUCGAAACCAAAAUCCCGAGAAGACUACAAUACUUGUAGCAAUGGAAGAGGAAGGGUCGGGUCUAAGGUGACAAUGGAUCAGAUGUUUCAGCCUUCUGCUAUUCUUACUCCACCUCCACUUUCUUGGUACAUUCAUGGGAUCACCAUUAAAACCACAGAGAGUAUGAUCGAUGAUCUUUUCGCUGAGGCUGCUAGGGUCCGAGGAGGUGGAGGAGGAGGUCAUGGUAAUGACUCUGAUGAAGGACAAAACGGCGUAGCAUUGGAUAAUAAAAUCAAAGAUGACGAUAUUAAGGAGAGAUGGAGAUCACGUAGGAGGAGUAACGGGAGGAGAUUUACGAAUCGAAGGAGGCUCUCUAAUUAA